AUGGGAUUAUAUUCGCCACCAGAUAAGUCAUCAUCACCACCAUCAUCAACUGAUGAUAAUAUUAAAAAUGCCAAAUCCCCCAAUGACGCUGAUGAUACAGAAACCAUUCAUUUUUAUAAUCGACCUUCUAUAGGGCUUAGAAUGUGGGGACCCCUUGUUCCAGGGAGCGAUUGUCGCUGGGGGUUGUGGACUUUAUUAACCAUUCAAACUUUUAUUGGCUAUAAAUUUUUAAGAAAAUUUAUUAAAAUAACAUUUCCCUACAUGACCAGUAAUACCACUGUGAAAAGAAAUAUUGCGGAUAUACCAAGUCUAAACAGAUUUGGUGGUAAAGUUGGAGAUCCAAUAUAUGUUUUACAACCUACUUCUCCUAAUGCCGUUAAUCCUAUUAACACUACUACUACCACCAAUAAUAUCUCCUCUGCUACUAUCUCAAAUUUAUCAAGAUUUGGUGCCGGGACUCGAAACAUCAAUCGUACUACUAUUAAUAAUAGUAGAAAUAAUAAUGAUAAACAUUGGUUUACUUUUACCUUCAAGAAAAACAAGAAUCAAAACAACGAAAACAAUAGUAACACUGAUUCAAAAUAUACAAAUUUCACCCGUGUGUUUUAUUUCGUUAGUGGCUGUGGGCUUUUGGGGCAGUCAUUAUUAGAGUUUUUAAGAUUGACCUUCUUUGAUUAUGACCCGUGGUAUGAACAAGCAAAAGCUGUCAGAGAAAAGGCCUUUUUCAACGAUAUUCAAAAAUAUUAUAGAGAAGGCAUUGACCCCACUAAAAUUUCAGUUAAAGUUAAAGAUUCCAAAACGGGUAAAUUAAAAGAUGUCACUUCAGAUUCAGGUGUGCUUUCAAGCGUUGCUAUUGCUAGAGCUACCAUGAAACAAUCAUCCUUUUUGAACAAAUGGUAUGGUCCAAUGGACUAUAAACCCCUAAGCUUUGAAGAAUAUCUGGAUAGAAUAGAGCAUUUCCAGGAGUAUAAUGAUAGCUUACAUAAAUUAAGGGGGGUCAAUGAACUAAUAACAGCAUCGAUAACCGGUGAUCAUAAAUCACAUGGUUCGAACUUAUCUAAAGAGUUGGAAAAGUUACAUAAUGUUAACCUAAAAGCAAGAAACUCUACUUUAAAACUAUUAAAUAAUGUGCCGGCAAAUACGUUAGGUACUCUCCAAAAUGGAGACGAGAAUAGUACUACCGAUAGUAGUUCUUUUUUGACAUUUUUCCAAAUAAAUGACACUGUUAAAAUAAUACCAUCAAUGGCCAAAAAUUAUACAAACAUUGAAUUAUCAAAUACAUGGACUUUAAAUGAUCCUUGGGAAAAAUUAGCUAUAGAAACAGAGUUAGGCAUUAAAAUAAUACCUAAUUCACGUAAUUUUAAUGAUUACAAUGAUUUGGCUGAAGAAAAAGAUUCUUCUUCCCCAGCUACUACUAAUAUUGGUAAUAACGGUCAAACGAGUAGUCCAGACAAAACCAGUUUACUGGAAGAAGUAGACAAACAGAAAUCCUCUCACAAUUCACAUCAAGAGGAGUAA